UAACAUUUUCGGUUCUCCACGAAUCACAAUAGCAUGACAAAAGUAAUGGUAUUGAGUAUUAUAGUGUUAUUUUUGUUUUCGGUGACCAUUCUGCAUUCCCCUUGAAAUACGUUUUUCUUCUCGACUCCGGACACAGAUGUAUUUACGUUAUACAUUACUGUAACGAAUGAGUUAUUACAUUUUCGUACUUCUCAUGAAUGUUAUACAUUUCAAUUUCCAACAUACAAAUAUAUAAAUUAGUUAACGUAAGCCGUCGUGAUUUGGAUACUGAGCUGUUACGCAAGCGUCGUCAUUCCAUUUCACGUGGUUGUAUUUUAAUACAGAUUUUAAAAUGUUUGACGAGUCUGAGUUGAUUACACAUGACAAUGGUUUAUACACUUUUGCCGAAGUAUUAGCUUUGAAAAGUGUGCGUGAAAUUCAAAUGCCAGUGUGUAAUUUUCUCACUCAACUAACAUCUACAGAUUGCCUCAAAUUGAUGAAACAUGAAAUGAAUAAAUGGUCUGAUCGUAAUGAGUCUAUGGAAAGAAUACUUCUAUUUUAUUUAGUAACAGAUUACAUAGGUUGUGGAUUAUCUUCUCCUGGCUAUCAUGCUGUAUUUCAUAAAAACCUUAAUACAGAAACAUCUAAGAUAAAACUAUUGAAUGAUUUACUAAAAAUCUGGGAUAGUUUAUUCAAAAAUUAUAAAAUUUCAAAUAUUGAUUUUAUUAAAAAAAUAAUAGUCUGUUUGGAGCGACUUUUUAUUAAAAUGUCAAUUUUAGUUCCUGAUAAUCAUGUCAAAUUUAAAUGCAAUAAAGUUAUAGAUAAGAUUAAUUAUUGCAUUAAAGAGUAUGAGCAAAAUAUUUUAGAUGAUGAUACUUCAAGUGAUGAUGAUAUGCAACAACAGCUUAACUGUAACAUGAAAAAAGUUAUAGGAAUUGAAAACAUAGUUCCAAAAACAACAGUUCAAUCUAAAGAGAAUUGCUCUAUCAAAAAUCUUGUCCAAACAAAUAAACGAAAGAGCGAAGUAUUAGAUAAAAGUUCAGAAUGUAUGAUCUUGAAUGAUAAACAACAAAAACUAAACAUGGAUCUUCAAAAGCAUAAUUCUAAAAGUUUAAUUGAUCACCAUCUAUUGAAGAAACCAAAAAUAAUGUCAAGCAGUAUGUUAAAUAGAAGUGCCACAUCAGAUAUUGACUGCAGUGUUACAGUACCUCAUGAACAAGUGAACCUCAAUGCUUUUCAAAUAAUGAUGCUCAAUGCUAAAAAACAAAAAAAAACAAAAUUGAAUUAAUUGUUGAUACUUAUUUAACUUUUGUAACUUUUGUUUUUAUAUAACAAAUAUUUUAGUAUACUGGAAAGUUUUUAUUUUUAUUUUUUAUUACUCAGAUUAUUAUUUUUAUUAAUAUUAUAUUUUCAAUCAGAUUUGAAAGCAAUGGAUACUGCUCAGUAAAAUGUUUUUUUUGUAAUACACAUUAACUAUGUAGACUAUUAACCUAUAUAGCUAUUAUAUGUGAUAAUGAAUUGUACUAUUAUUAUUAAAUACUAUUAGUGGCAUAUAAAAUAUUAUUAUUUUAU